AUGAUCUCAGGAAGAGGAGGAGCUGGCGCUCGGGGGAGGAUUCGCCCCCCUCGUCGCAUCGUGCGUCCUAACGAGCCUGGCGAAGGGUCUGAUUUCGAGGCUUGCUGGAAUAUGCUUAAGGAAGCCCUCCGCGACAUCCACAUGAAGAACUGCAGCCGACUAUCCUUCGAGGAACUCUACCGAGCCGCCUACAAGAUCGUACUUAAGAAGAAGGGCGAGGUCCUUUACGAGAGAGUGAAAGAUUUCGAGAAACAGUGGUUUGACGAACAUGUCAUUCCCAGAAUUCGAGAAUUGGUCAGUAAAAGCCUGAUCAACAUCGGCGUCGGACGAACCUCAGGGACAUCGGUCAAUGAGAGACGGCAGACGGGAGAGAGGUUUCUCACAGGUCUGCGCGACACAUGGGAAGAUCAUAACAUGUCUAUGAAUAUGACGGCAGAUAUCCUCAUGUAUCUCGAUCGCGGAUAUACGCAACUCGAAGCUCAGCGAAUCCCCAUUUUCGCCACCACCAUUGCGCUUUUCCGAGAUCAUAUUUUACGAUCAUCUUUGAACACGAACACAAAAGAACAAGUAAUCGACAUUGUAAUAUCAGUUAUACUUGAUCAGAUCGAUAUGGAGCGCGAGGGAGAUAUCAUAGACCGAAAUCUUCUGAGAGGCUGCAGUCGAAUGCUUAGCAGUCUUUACGAGACCGAAGAGGAGAAGGAAAAUGACAAAUUGUAUAUUACGGUUUUCGAACCUCGCUUCCUCGAGAACAGCAAGACGUACUAUGCCGCCGAGUGUGAGAAGCUAUUACGCGAAUCGGAUGCUGGAGCCUGGUUGCGACAUACUCAAACCCGACUGAACGAAGAAGUCGACCGAUGCGGAACAACGAUUGAGCUGGAGACAUUACCAAAGGUCACAGAAACUAUUGACCGGGAACUCAUAGUUAAGCAUCUGGGGGAGUUCUUGGGCCUAGAAGGCAGUGGGUUGAAGUGGAUGAUCGACAACGACAAGGUUGACGACCUCUCUAUUCUUUAUAAGCUCAUCUCCAGGGUCGAUUCCAAGAAGACAGCGUUGCGGGACAUUCUGCAGCGUCGUGUGGUUGAGCUUGGCCUGGAGAUUGAGAAGGUUCUGAAGAACACUGAUUUCUCGGCCGGCCAAGGGGAAGGAGAUGAAGGUGGCGAAGGGGAAAAGACAAAGGCUUUGAAUCCCGCUGCGCAGCAGACAGCUGCUGCGAUCAAAUGGGUUGAUGAUGUGCUUCGUCUAAAGGACAAGUUUGAUAACCUUUGGACCCGUUGCUUUCAAGACGACCUUGUCAUUCAAAGUGCCUUGACCAAAAGCUUUUCUGACUUUAUCAACAUGUUCAAUCGGAGCUCCGAAUAUGUCUCUUUGUUUAUUGAUGACAAUCUCAAGAGAGGAAUCAAAGGCAAGACCGAGGCUGAAGUCGAUGUCGUUCUAGAAAAGGCCAUCAUCCUGAUCCGGUACCUUCAAGACAAGGAUCUAUUCCAAACAUAUUACCAGAGACACUUGGCAAGACGACUUCUCCAUGGCAAGUCUGAAAGCCAUGAUGUAGAGAAACAGAUCAUUUCUCGCAUGAAGCAAGAGCUAGGCCAGCAGUUCACCAGCAAGUUCGAGGGCAUGUUCAGAGAUCUGGUCACGUCUUCCGAGCUUACUACUGGCUAUCGUGAUCACAUGCGUGCUGUCGGAGACGGUGGUAAGACCAUCGACCUCAACAUCAACGUUCUUACCACCAACUACUGGCCACCCGAAGUCAUGGGUCGAAGUGCUCAGAUUGGCGAGGCUUCUCGUGUUACAUGCACAUACCCUCCCGACUUGCGACGACUCCAAGCAAGCUUUGAGCAAUACUAUUUGACUAACCGCAAUGGACGCAAGCUCACUUGGAUUGGCACCACUGGCAGUUCAGAUGUCAAAUGUACAUUCCCAGCCAUCCCCGGAAAAUCUGGCAUGCUAUCACGAGAGCGAAGGUACGAGAUCAACGUGCCGACUUUUGCUAUGGUCGUUCUGCUUCUCUUCAACGACCUCGAAGAUGGCCAAUCUUUGACAUUUGAGGAGAUUCAAGCAAAGACCAACAUCUCGACACAAGAUCUCAUGAGAACACUGACUGCUAUUGCUGUGGCACCAAAGUCCCGUGUUCUGACCAAGGAUCCAGCCAACAAGUCAGUAAAGAGUGGCGACAAGUUUGCCUUCAACGCUGCCUUCCAAAGCAAGACCAUCCGGAUCAAGGCACCCAUCAUCAAUGCAGUGUCAAAGGUCGAAGACACGACAGAGAGAAAGAGUACCGAGGACAAGAACAACCAAACAAGAGCUCACAUUGUUGAUGCUGCAAUUGUUAGGAUUAUGAAGUCUCGAAAGGAACUUUCUCACUCGCAGCUCACUAGCGAAGUCCUUACACAACUUUCGAGUCGUUUCAAACCCGAGAUCUCGCUUAUCAAGAAGCGUAUCGAGGACCUCAUCGCCAGAGAGUAUCUUGAACGGCCCGAUGAAGACGAUGCGCCAACUCUCUAUCGUUAUGUGGCCUAA